UUACAAACGGCAGCGAGGCGCCAGGGGCUGGGAGUGGGGAGCCGGAGCGAGCCUUACAGUGUUGACGCAUUUUGGACAGCGGAGAGGGGGCAGUGCGUUAACAUCUGCAACACAGACAGGGGCUGUGAGUUAACGCUUUGGCAAAGGUUGCGCACCGCGCGAGGGCACCCGAGGUCUGCGGCAUCUGCCACCCUCUCUCGCACGCCAGCUCCCAGCUCCCAGCUCCCACCGCCGGACGAUCGCGGCUCGGACCGAGAAAAUGCUGCGCGCCGGAAUCCUGCUGUGCCUCUGCUGUCUGGCGGCGGUGAGUGGCAAGCCGUGCCCGGACGUGUGCCAACCGUCCCGCUGCUCAGCGCUGCUGGUGAACUGCACCCAGGGCCGGGUGAAGGAUUCGUGCGGCUGCUGCUGGGUGUGCGCGGCGGCCGAGGGCGAGAGCUGCGGCGGGCGGCACGGUGUGUGCGCCGAGGGCUUCCAUUGUGUGUUCGCCGGUGCCAAGCGCAAGAAGGGCAUCUGCGCCUGCAGGCAAGAGGAGCCGGUGUGCGGCAGUGACGGGCGCACUUACCGCAACAUCUGCAGCCUGAAGGCGGCCAGUCGAGGGCAGCAGGCGUCCAACGCGCUGCCGGUCAUCCUCAUCCAGAAGGGAGCGUGCGAUGCAGAUCUCCAGCAUCCCGACAGCAUGCGGAACAAGUUUAACUUCAUUGCAGACGUGGUGGAGAAAAUCGCUCCUGCCGUUGUCCAUCUUGAACUCUUUCGGAGAAUUCCCUUCAGUAGCCGUGAAGUCUCCGUGGCAAGUGGCUCGGGCUUCAUUGUAUCAGAGGAUGGCCUCAUUGUGACCAACGCGCAUGUGCUCAGCAAUAAGCAGAAGAUUAAAGUGGAGCUGAAGAGCGGAGAGUCAUAUGAAGCAAAGGCCAAGGACGUCGACCAAAAGUCAGACAUAGCCCUAAUUAAGAUCAACCCAAAGAGACCUCUCCCAGUACUUCUGCUGGCACGCUCCUCCGACCUGCGGCCUGGAGAGUUUGUGGUGGCCAUCGGAAGUCCUUUCUCGCUGCAGAACACGGUGACGACGGGAAUUGUCAGCACGACUGAGCGAGGCGGCGAGGAGCUGGGACUAAAGGAUUCCGACAUGGAAUACAUCCAGACAGAUGCCAUCAUUAACUAUGGAAACUCAGGAGGACCUCUUGUCAAUCUGGAUGGAGAGGUUAUCGGUAUCAACACCCUCAAGGUGACUGCCGGAAUAUCGUUUGCAAUCCCCGCGCACAGGAUUCAGCAGUUCCUCGCUGAGUCCCAUGACCGCCAGCAGAAAGGAAACACAUCAUCAAAGAAGAAAUACAUGGGGAUAAGGAUGGUGGCCCUUACACCAAGUCUCUUGCGUGACCUGAAGAUGCGUGACAAAGACUUCCCUGAUGUCUCCGCUGGGGUUUACAUAUUUGAAGUCAUUCCAGCAACACCAGCAGCAAGUGCUGGUUUAAAAGACCGUGAUAUUAUCAUCAGCAUCAAUGGAAAUACAAUCACCUCCUCUGAACAAGUUAGCGAGGCGAUCAAAAAGAACGACACUCUCUCUCUUGUUGUACGGCGUGGAAAUGAAGACUUGAUGAUCACUGUAGUACCUGACAUCAUUGAGAAGAACUGAUACUUUUUUUAAUGAAACCUGUUUAAUCGCAGAUCAGCAUAACCAGAUAUAAAGGCUGUUCUACUUGAAUAUGUUGACCAUACAUAGUCUCUUAAGAAAGUUUCAGUGUUAAUUGUGUCUAUUAAGGGCUUUGUAGUUAUAAAUAAAAACGUGAACUCUACUGUCAUACUUGCCUGAAAGCACUUCAAGCAACCUUUGGAAAAUUGGACGAUGCAUAUCGAAGGGGACUCUUCCACAUUUGCUUUUAAGUCCAGGAUGACAGAACGCAGCAACUGAGUUUGUUCAGUCAAUUUAACUCAACCUGUCCUGCAGUUCAUCCUGCUUGGCGUUCACCUGCCUCUUCUCCAAACUCAUUGCUGGCACAAGAUUGGUCCCAGCGACAAUCCUUACCCCACUUUGCAGCUCGACUUGGUACUUCAUAUAUACAGGUAGUUCUGCUGUAAUGCAAUAGAUGCUUUGCUAUGAAAACUCUAGAAAAAUUGCAUUGUAAAAAUGAUUGUCAUUGGGGAGAAAAAAGGGGUUCGGGCCACAGAAUUUCAGACUUGCAAUAAAAAGUUAUUUUUGCAGGAUUUUCAGAAAUAAAGGCGUUUUUUAAUAA